AUGAACAACGAGCAAUUUCGUCGCCUGCUCUUCGAAAAUCAACAGAAAAAGGGCCAUGACGCUUCACCUACCAACCGGACAUCCCCUGUUGGCGGGGAUUCAACUCGCUCAAAGCCAGCAGCUUUGGGAUCUAAGAUGAGAUCGAGCAUUCCCAUGACACCUCGAUCAGUUACCGGCGUAGAUUUUGCACGCCAAUUAGCCGAACAUCGCCGUGAAUCGCAACCAUCCCUCGCAAAGAAAUUCAGAUCGUCCGCUGCUCCUAAAGGUGCAAAGUUGGCCGAGGGAUACCAGGAUAGGACACUUCUACGACGGGCAGGCCAGGAUGAAGCAGAGAAUGCUAAGGAAGGUGGUAAGGGCGUUCGUGGAGAUGAUGAUCUAGAGACCAGGAUUCGAGCGUUGGAAGAUAUGGUUAAACUUGGCCAAGUCGAUCAGCCUACGUUUGAGAAACUUAGGGAGAAGAUUGGGGUUGGAGGCGAUGUGAAAAGUACGCAUUUGAUCAAGGGGUUGGAUUGGAAAUUGUUAAGGAGAGUUAAGGCCGGAGAGGAUAUAAACGCACCCCCUCCUAGCGGGCCUGAGGGAGACGUGUCGGGGCAACCGCAACAGGAGACCUUUCAGGAUAUUGAUGAGGAGUUUGACAUGGUCCUUGCAGAGAAGGAGAAGGAAGUGAAGGAGCCGGCGCAGAAGGUUGAGAAGGUUAAGAAGGGGACUAUGUCUUCUUCAACCCCAGAUACUGGCAGGAGAAUGACACGAGAUGAGAUUUUGAAGGAGUUGAAAGCUUCUCGGGCCGCUGGUGGCGUGCAAUGUACCCCCUCUGAGCCUCCCGCUCCUCCGCUGGGUGAAAAAUUUAAGAAAAUAGGAACAAGGCCUGAGAAAAGACGAUGGAUUGAAAAGGAUGAACACGGCAGACAACGAGAGGUCCUGCUCACUACUGAUGCUGAGGGGAAGACAAAGAGAAAAGUUCGAUGGCUUGAUAAAUUGGGUGAUCAUGCGCAGAAAUCUUGGGACGGUGGGCUUUUACCAGUUGACAAAGACGCGAAACCACUGGGUAUGGAUGUCCCUGCUGAAGUUCUGUCGCGGGCGAAUGCAGCCGCCGCUGUGGAGGAAGAAUACGACGAUAUUUUCCAGGGAGUCGGGAGGGACUAUAACCCGCUUGCCGGUGGAGAUGAUGAGGAUGACGAAUCUUCGUCUUCUGACGAAGCAGACGAUGGAGCGAAAGAGAAAGCUUCGCUGCCUCAUCUGGAUGUAGCCAAAGAGAGCUACGCACAGCAGGAACCAACCUCCCCUAAACCAGCAAAACCCCGGAAUUACUUUGCUACGUCUUCCACCGUCCAAGAAGACCUAGAAACUGCGACCAAGCCUACGCCUAUUUCUGCCGACCCAACAAUACUUGCAGCACUAAAACGCGCAGCAGCCAUUAGGCAGGCUGCUCCAGAGGCCCUUGGUGAUGACGCUGAUUUGGAUCAAGAGGCUGCUCUAAAGCGCAAGAAAUUUUUUGAAGAGGCCAAGAGACGAGAAAGAGAAGAUGCAAUGGACUUGGAUCUUGGAUUUGGUGGAAGUCGAUUUGGGGAUGAGGAGGAUGAGGAGGGUGGGUGGGAAGCGGAGGGACGCGGCGCGGGGUCUAAAAGGAAGAGAGGCCCGAAGAAGAAGAAGGGCGACAAGGAUAGCGUAAGUGAUGUGAUGAAAGUGCUCGAGGGGAGACGCCAAGGUGAAAAAAAGGGGCCAUCAUCCAAAAGUGGUGGUUGA